AUGAAUUUUAUUCAGAUUCAAGCAUAUGCUGGUUUUUGGUUUGGAGCAGUAGUGAUGGUAAGGCAAAUAGAUAUGAGCAGGAGAGAAUGGGAUAAAUGGAUAUGCAUUUUAUUAUUUAUAUCUAGAGCCGCAUUUUUGACUCCAUACCUACUAAUUUCUACACAAGUUACUUUCAUGUAUAUUCCUGAAAGUGAAACGCUUAUUUGUAAUCUCAUUGUAACUAGAAUGGCCCCUUUACAUAGUUGGAGAUCUGUCGUGGAAUUUUUAGCUGAUAUAUAUGUGACCGCACUAUCAGAUAUAACUUUAAAAUGCAUAGUAAUCAUUUGGUUAUCUUAUGUAAUCACCAUUGAUGCUGAAAUUGUUCAUGCUAUUGAGGGUAAAGGUCAAAAGAAUGAAUUGUUAGUUCAAACCUCUAUUUUAUCCUUUAGCGAUCAAACCUACAGUCAGAUUGUUGAUAAUGAUAGAAUAAUAGUUGUGUCAUUCUUUGAAUUGGCAAGCAUUGUAAUGGGAGAUGAGGAUGAUGAUAAUGAUGAGAACUAUGAGAGAAUGAUGAGAAUACUAAAAAUAAUGACCGAAAAAUCAAUGGCAUAUUAA